AUGAGCGCCGCCUACCCCAGCAACCUUCUCGACGAUGCCCUGGGAACGGCUGGUGCAGCUGAUAGUGCUGCAGCUUCUUGCCCUCGGCGGCGGUUCGUCCUCGUCGAGGACUGCGUCGAGACGAGCGGGGCUUUCGUCCUCCACCACUUUGUGAAGCGCGCCUUGCCGAGCUCCGAGACGAGGGAGGCCGUGAUCUUCCUCGCCCUCGCACAGAACUUCUCACAUUACGACCGCGUCCUGAGGAAACUCGUAAGCGUUCUUCCAUCUCCCUCGUCAUUUCGCCGAGCAACUAGAGCUCGUCUCUCAUCUGAAGGCUAGACCUAGAGAAAAGGCCGGAUACUGAACCAUAUAUACACGCGUGUGUGUGUGUGUGUGUGCUCCGGAGGAGGGGGGAGGAGAGUCUCCUCCUAGAUCAUCCCGCGCCAGUUAUAUGCGAAUCUUUAGUAACAGAAUACCAUCUCUGGAAUUACAUGAUAGGAAUUUUCUCUUUCACUGGUUCUUUGGCCAUUCAUAUGUAGUUGAGGACGUUGUGAAUUUAUUGACGAAGAGAUGAUGCAAUACUACCUGCUUAGAAACUUAUUAAAGAGAAUAAUGUCCGCGUUUGCAAUGCAAUUACAUCAUCUCUACCGAGGUAAACAAGGAAUAUGUCUCGAGGAAAAAUCAUUUUCAAUUUUGGAAAAUAACGAGAUUAUUUUGAUUAAAUAUGUUAGAGGCAUCUAAGGAGUUCAUGAUUCUGCGGGGUGAAAUCAAUUUCACUAUCUAAGGCGAAGAGAACUCACCUCAAAUGUACUUGAGACCUAAGAACAAGUAUCAUUUUGACUUCUCUCUCAAUCUCUGCAUCUGAUCAAGUGGUAUGACAUUUUCUCUCGAUUGCGGAGAGGCAUUUAGAACAUGAAGAUUACAGUGCCAGGGUUUGAAAAGUAGGAUUUAUAUUGAACUCGUACCAGGUGCUUGUAGAGGUGGUAAGUUAAGUUCAUAAAAAUUCCACUUCAAAUAUUUUGUUGAUUGCCCUUUGCAUGUCGUUCUUCAGAUUUGUCUUUUACACUCGUUGAGUGAUCAUUGGCCUCAAGAACCAGCAGUGAGACUGAUCUAGGUAAUAAAACCCAUGCAAACCUUCUUGUCAUUGUAAAAGAAAAUAGAGAAAUAAUAUGAAGUAUGGAUUUAUGUUAAGAUAAUCUCUUACAGUGUGCCUUCUUUAAAAAAUUGCGUUUGGGUGUUACAAAUAUCAAAUAUCCGUAGAACCUUCAUCAGUCAAAUGGUUUUUGCUCCCAUCUAUCCUUUCCAUUGCAGUGCACUUACUUCCUGUUCAUUUAUGGUAACAUGGAACAUUUGAAACUAGGGCUGCAACCUUUCCAUCCAUAGGGACAAGAAGAAGCUGUUUUUCUUGGAGUUGCUUAAGCUCCAGUUCCCAGGUGAGUGAGUGACGAAGCUAUGGGUUGGACCUUGAUUUAAUCCUCAAGCAGUGAUUUCCUGCUACAUCAUGUGAUAUAAAGCUACAUGCUGUUCGACAGAUGGUGUGGGAUGGAAUGACAACGAGGCGGGUUUCAUUGAUUUAUACGGUGGGAUACAGAGAACAGUGGAAAGCUGUCGAUCUCCUGAACGCCGCGUGGCCACCGUCACAAUUCUUAUAGAUGACAUCUCUCUUCUGGAGAUAGCUGCAGGAGGUUCUGCAGACCAUGUUCUUGAUUUUCUUCACUAUUGCGUCACCCUCACUUCUGAAAUGGUAAGAAGGCUUCCAGAUUUUGCUUAACUCACAGGUGGAUCGAUACUCCGGUUAUUACCCAUUCUGGUGGUCUUCGUUCUCAGGAUUGCUCGCUGAUUGUGUUGACCCAUGAAGAUGUAUACUCCCAUACGGAAGGCCCUACCCUUCUUUCUCAUCUGGAGUACCUUGCAGAUACCAUAAUUAGGGCAGAACCUUUGCGCACUGGUCUGUCCGCUGAUGUGCAUGGGCAGGUAUUUGCUUUCUAUCUCUUCAACAUGUUCUUCUCGAGGAUUCAAGCUGGUUGGCUAUUGGCAGAGGGCUCCUUGAUUCCACUUAUUGAUCACCAUUCUAUCUCUAUAUUUCGUCCGACCAGUAGGGUUUCAGACAUUGAUUCCAUGCGGAUGUUGGGUAUCAAUCGAAGGAUAGAUUUAGAUGUAGAGAGAGAAUCUUCCAUAUUUCCUUCACCAAGUUCAACGUACUCUUUGCUUUUAUGUGAUCUUCCUCGGUUUCAUGCCUCUCUUUCAGUUGACUAUUGUGAACAAAACGUUGACGACCCGUGACCACGGUGGUUCCCAGGGCAAGGCACAGAACUUCCACUUCAGAGUGAAGGAGAACAGCGUGGAUUAUUUCUAUCCAGGGACACUGGCUUGA